AUGGUGGUGAUUAUACAUGCAGUGCUGAUUGCUGCUUUGGCUACAGUCGUUUUUGGGCAACCUGGUAUGCCGCCUACAGUCAGUACAAAUGGUCGAUGUGGACCCCAUACUGGCACCACAUGUCCAGACAACAGUUGCUGCUCUGAAUCUGGACUAUGUGGACUUUCCGCUGACUAUUGUGGAACAGGUUGUCGAAAACCCUUUGGAACUUGCUGGAAAACUACCGUGUCGCCUGUCUUGGGUAUCGAGCAUGCAGUCAGUAUAAACGAUCGAUGUGGACCAGAAUACAAAACUAGGUGUCCUGACGAUAAAUGCUGCUCUCGGAAUAGAUUCUGUAGUGCCGAUGAUGACUAUUGUCGAGACGGAUGUUUGUUUGGAUACGGACUCUGCCUUGAAGUUUCUAAAACUACUGCUUUACCCAACGGUCUUACAAUUGUUCCCCGCCAAUGUGGACCAGAUAUCGGUGUCAAAUGUGCCGGAUCGAGUUGCUGCUCCAAAGACGGGAGAUGCGGCAAUGAUGAACAUCAUUGUCACGCAAACUGUAUGGAGGGAUACGGAGUUUGCUGGGAUUAUAGCGUGCCAUUCAGUUUAGAGAGCGGGUUUCCAAAUACAAUGGACGGUCAAUGUGGAAAAGAGUUUGGCACCAAAUGCAGUUCAAAUGAUUGCUGCUCCAAAGAUGGGGAAUGUGGGUUCGGUGAGGACUAUUGUGAAGCAGGCUGUCAAAAAGGAUACGGACGUUGUUGGAAAUACAGUCCAACAACUUAUGCAGAGGGCGAGGCUCCGCGCGAUCUGAAUAAUAAGUGUGGGCGAGAUGUUGUUAAGAGUUGUAAAAACAACCAAUGCUGCUCCAGAAGUCAAUACUGUGGAACCUCGGACUAUUAUUGUGGAAUAGGAUGUGUUCGCGGAUUUGGAACUUGCCUAGGAAUUAACCCACCAAAUGAUGGACCUUAUCUCAGUAUAAACGGUCAGUGCGGAUCAGAUCUCGAUACCUCGUGUCCAAACGCGCAAUGCUGUUCUAAAAAUGGAGUUUGUGGAAGAACUAGCGGUUAUUGUGGAGAGGGCUGUCAGGUAGAUUAUGGAGUUUGUUGGAAUGGUGGUAGACCACCCUAUUCACUACAACCACCAGCACAACCACCAGCACAACCACCAGCACAACCACCAGCACAACCACCAGUACAACCACCAGCACAACCACCAGUACAACCACCAGUACAAUCACCAGUACAAUCACCAGUACAAUCACCAGUACAAUCACCAGUACAACCAAAAGCUAAAUCAUCAGCUAAAUCACCAAAAACUGACUAUCCAAUUAGUGCAGAUGGUCGAUGUGGAGAAGAAUUCAAGACCAAAUGUCCAGGCAAAACAUGCUGUUCUGGAAAGGGAUUCUGUGGAAAGACUAAAUCUCAUUGUGGAAUAGACUGCCAGAAAGGCUAUGGAUCUUGUUUGACACCCGAAGCACUAGCCAAGUUAUUAGCCAAAUCAUCAGUCAAAUCACAACCACCAGCACAAUCACCAGCACAACCAAAAGCUAAAUCAUCAGCUAAAUCACCAAAAACUGACUAUCCAAUUAGUAAAAACAAUCGAUGUGGAGAAGGAUUCAACACCAAAUGUCCAGGAAAAAUAUGCUGUUCUAAACAUGGAUUCUGUGGAAAAACACCUUCUCAUUGUGGAGUAGACUGCCAGAAAGGCUAUGGAUCUUGCCUGACACCCAAAGCACUAGCCAAGUUGUUAGCUAAAUCACCAGCACCAGCACCAAAAACUGACUAUCCAAUUAGUGCAGAUGGUCGAUGUGGAAAAGAAUUCAAGACCAAAUGUCCAGGCAAAACAUGCUGCUCUGGAAGUGGAUUCUGUGGAAAGACUAAAUCUCAUUGUGGAGAUGGUUGCCAGAAAGGCUAUGGAUCUUGCUUAAAGCCUGAAGCACUAGCCAGGUCAAGAGGCGAGUUGUAG